GUUUCUUGGUAACCGUCCAAUGGCGACGGACAAGCUUAUGAAUAUUAUUCAAUAAGCCUUCGCCGUAGUAGUAGCGGUUAAUUCGCGUUGUGAAAGUGGUCGUAAUGACGAGCAGCGCCAGGUUUAGGAGUCGACCGGUGAUAUCAGGUAAGACAGAACAGAUAUCAAAAGCAUGUGAAUGAUAUGACAGAAUCAUAAAAUAACCGAAAGCCUAUUUUUAUCUGUUUGCACAAACCGCUCUGGUUUUCCCGACGCGUGCAUGGGCGUCUGCAUCCGCACCUGCUCGCUGCAUCUUCAUAACACCACAGAGGAUGGAGAGGAGAAAGAGUAUGUUGGCUUCGCCACCCUCCCGAACCAGGUUCACAGAAAGUCGGUGAAGAAGGGCUUCGACUUUACGCUCAUGGUGGCAGGGGAAUCUGGUUUAGGGAAGUCCACCCUUAUCAACAGCUUGUUCCUCACAGAUCUCUACAAAGACAGAAAACUACUGAAUGCUGAAGAGCGCAUUAGUCAGACAGUGGAGAUCAUCAAACACACUGUCGACAUCGAGGAAAAAGGUGUUAAGCUAAAACUGACCAUUGUGGACACACCAGGGUUUGGAGACGCUGUCAAUAACACAGAGUGCUGGAAGGCAGUCACAGAUUACAUUGAGCAACAGUUUGAGCAGUACUUCCGGGAUGAAAGUGGAUUAAACAGGAAGAAUAUCCAGGAUAACCGAGUCCACUGCUGCCUAUACUUCAUCCCUCCAUUUGGACACGGUUUACGGCCCGUGGAUGUAGAGUUUAUGAAGGCGUUACAGGACAAGGUCAACGUGGUCCCGCUCAUUUCCAAGGCUGACUGUCUGACGCCAGCAGAGAUGAAAAAGAUGAAGGACAAGGUGAGAGAGGAGAUUGAGAAGUAUGGAAUCAAAGUGUAUCAGUUUUCAGAUUGUGAUUCAGAUGAGGAUGAGGAGUUGAAACAGCAGGAUCGAGAGCUGAAGGAGAGCACUCCAUUUGCUGUGAUCGGGAGUAACACAACAGUGGAGAUUAAAGGUCAACGGGUGAGAGGGAGACUGUACCCGUGGGGCAUUGUUGAAGUUGAGAAUCAGUCCCACUGUGAUUUUGUCAAGCUGAGGAACAUGUUGAUCCGAUCUCACAUGCACGACCUGAAGGACCUCACGUGUGACGUGCACUACGAAAACUACAGAGCCCAGUGCAUACAGGAGAUGACAAGCAAACUGACCCAGGACAGCCGGGUGGAGAGCCCAAUCCCCAUUUUACCGCUUUCCACCCCUGACGUAGAGACAGAAAAGCUGAUCAAGAUGAAGGACGAAGAGCUGCGGAGAAUGCAAGAGAUGCUUCAGAAAAUGCAACAGCAGAUGCAUGAACAGGACCUGUGAGGCACGGCUGGUGCACAGAAACAACCUAAACUUUAUUAAACUUUUUAUUGAACAAGUACACAGAUAUGUAAGCAUGGCUUGAGCACUAUGGAUCAAACAGGGUCUAGUGAGACUGUAAUACAA